AUGAGCGCGAGCGGCCCGGCGGCUCCCGGGGACGGCCCGGCGCUGCCGCCGCCGCCGCCUGGGCCCGGCCCGGGGCCCGCACCGCCCACGCCCGCCGCUGCCACCGCCCGGGACGCCAUGGACGGCUUCCCCCGGGCCGGACCCCCGCCGCUCGCCGCCAGCGACACGGUGCCCGCGGCGCCCGAAGGGGCCGGGGCGGUUCGCCCUGGCCCGCCGCCGCGCCCCACCUCCUUCUCGGUGCUGGACAUUCUGGACCCCCACAAGUUCAAUAGCAGAAGACGCCGCUGUGUGCUUCUGGGCCCCGUGGCGCCCUCCGCAUGCGCCCCAUGCGCCUCGGCCCCGUGCGCUCCGGCCCCCUGCGCCCCGGCCCCCGCCGCCCCGGGACGCCCGCCGCGCGCGGAGGAGCUGGAGCGCCGCGCCCUCGCCGCCGCCGGAGGAGCUGGAGCCGCGACCGGAGCUGAGCCGCCGCACGCCGGCGACCCCUGCAAGGCGGACGAGGCCGAAGCCAGCGGCUACAGCAGCGGCGGUGGCGGCCGCAGCCCGAGCGCGGACAGCGGGGACGAGGCGCCCGACGACGACGACGACGAGGCGCCCGACGCGGGGACUGCGCGCGGCGCGGAGGAGGCUCGGGGAGGCGGCGGCGGCCUCGCGGCCCGCGGGUCGGGCUGCCCCGGUGCGGCCGAACCCGAGGCGCCCCCCGGCGCAGUGGACGAGGCUGCAGCGCCCGGCCCCCGCGGGAACUCGCCCGGAGCCCCCGUCCCGCCUGGGGCCUCGGCGGCGGCGCCGGGGGGCACGGGCACGACCCCGCAGGGCGCGGCCGCGGCGACGAAGCCAAAGCGGAAGCGCACGGGCUCGGACUCCAAGUCCGGAAAGCCGCGGCGCGCGCGCACCGCCUUCACCUACGAGCAGCUUGUGGCGCUGGAGAACAAGUUCAAGGCGACGCGCUACCUGUCGGUGUGCGAGCGCCUCAACCUGGCGCUGUCGCUGAGCCUCACCGAGACGCAGGUGAAGAUCUGGUUCCAGAACCGCCGCACCAAGUGGAAGAAGCAGAACCCUGGCGCCGACACGAGCGCGCCGACCGGCGGCGGCGGGGCCGCGGGGCCGGGUGCGGGGCCGGGCGCGGGGCUUCCCGGCGGCCUCAGCCCGCUCAGCCCGUCGCCGCCCAUGGGCGCGCCGCUCGCCAUGCAUGGCCCCGCCGGGUACCCGGCGCACGGCCCCGGCGGCCUGGUGUGCGCCGCGCAGCUGCCCUUCCUGUCGAGCCCGGCGGUGCUGUCGCCCUUCGUGCUGGGCUCACAGACCUACGGCGCGCCCGCCUUCUACGCGCCGCACCUCUGA